GUCGAGCAUGCGAAGUGUGAACAGUGCAGGUGACUUUUCUCUCUUCUCUGAAGCAUCGAAAACGACGAGAAUUCAUUCCUUUUUGGUCUUUGAGUGUCCCGUAACGGCACUACGACCAUUGGAUUUAUGUAAAGUACGCAAUUAACGACAAAGCACCUGAUCUAGGCAUCGUACAAAAGUAUAACACAGAUCAACCUUCUUAACUGUACUUGCUUUUGGUUUGGCUUAACGUAUUUUGUUGUAUUACAAGACAUAAAGUAGAUAAUUCGAGAACCAUGGUUAAAGAGACAACUUAUUACGACAUCCUUGGUGUCAAACCUGGAUGCUCUAAUGAUGACCUUAAGAAAGCAUAUAGGAAACUUGCUUUAAAAUACCACCCUGACAAAAAUCCUGAUGAGGGUGAAAAGUUCAAACAAAUCUCACAAGCAUACGAGGUGCUGUCAAACCCAGACAAGAAGAGAAUUUAUGACCAAGGUGGUGAGCAAGCCUUGAAGGAAGGAGGUAUGGGUGGUGCUGGUUUUUCCUCGCCAAUGGACAUCUUUGAAAUGUUCUUUGGUGGUGGCGGUAUGCAUGGAGGAGAUGGCAGACGUAAACGUAAAGGUCAGGAUGUAAUUCAUCAACUGUCGGUUUCGCUGGAGGAGUUGUACAAGGGCACUGUGCGGAAAUUGGCCCUGCAAAAGAAUGUGAUCUGCGACAAGUGUGAUGGAAUCGGUGGCAAGAAAGAAGCAGUCGAAAAGUGCCCUGUGUGCAAUGGUAGUGGUGUUCAGGUGCAGAUCCAACAGUUAGCUCCGGGAAUGCUGCAACAAUUGCGCUCCACGUGUAAUGAAUGUCGAGGACAAGGUGAACGCAUCAAAGCUAAGGAUCGUUGCAAACAGUGCAAUGGCCGAAAGACUUGUAGGGAUAGGAAGAUUUUAGAAGUUCAUGUGGACAAGGGAAUGCAGGAUGGGCAAAAGAUCGUGUUCGGAAAUGAGGGUGACCAGGAACCUGACAGAGAUCCUGGUGACAUUAUUAUUUUGUUGGACGAGAAGGACCAUGAAGUCUUCAAACGAUCGGGCAAUGACCUGGUUAUGCGAAUGAGCCUGGAACUCGUGGAGGCGCUUUGUGGAUUCCAGAAGGUUAUUCAAACCCUCGACCAACGAGAUUUGGUAGUGACAUCUCUGCCAGGUCAAGUUGUGAAACAUGGUGAUGUCAAGUGUAUCCCAGGCGAGGGUAUGCCUGUAUGGAAAGAUCCAUUCACCAAGGGACGUCUGGUGAUCCAGUUUGUGAUCAAAUUUCCGGAUAAGAUUGACCCGGAGUUUAUACCUAAUCUUGAGGCGUGCCUGCCACCAAGGGAAGAAGUUAUCGUGCCUGAUGGCGCUGAGGAGGUCAACCUUGUUGAUCUCGAUCCGGAACAGGAGGGUCGGCGAAGAGAUACACGCCAAGCUUACGAUGAAGACGAGGGUGGUCCUUCUCGCGUACAGUGCACUACGCAUUAACGAUCUUUCUAUUGGAACAUAAACACUCGCUCUCGUUGAUGAUGAUGUAAUGAUACCCGGUCAUCUGAGUUUCUUUUCUCCUUGGUUGCGAGUAGAAAUUUCAUUGCGAGUUCAUUAAAAGAUUUUUCAAGGAUCAAUGAUCAAUUACGUUUUUACAUAACGAACGCUCUUAAAACUUAUUCAAGCAUUUUAAUAUUUCAUUGUGCCCUUAUAGGUUAUAACUUCUCCAUUUCGUGACACUUAAUCUUGCAUAUCUGCUCAAGUAUUCGUACUGUACUUACAUAUGUAAAAGAUCCAUAUCAGGGAAGGUAACGCGAGACAGAGGACUUUAACAAAUUUUAUUUCUAAUUAUUUUAAUCCUUCGUUCUACUUUGUCUUUGCAUAGCUCUGAUGGAAAUUCAAAUUAAAGCAAUAUUGCAUAACUUAGUUAAAUAAAUUUAAACAAUCAUUUUUGCCUUAUAUGAGUACUUAUGAUGUAGUUAAAGAGCUGAUAAUUUGAAAAACAUACUGAAUUUAGUAAGUUACUAUAUUUCUGUGAGUAUAUCACGUAUUGUAUACUUUUCCUGGAGCUUGGUAAAGAAAUAUUAUGUAAAUCACAUGUUACGAUAUACCUUGAAGAAUCUUCUAGUCACAAUGAAAUUUCAACCCACAGGAGAAUGAAAAUAAUGGCCUUUUUUCAUCCUUAAUAAGUGCAAAACAUAAUU